AUGAGUAAACCAUACUCAUCUGCUAUGUCUAUUGACUGGAAAAUGUUUUUCGAUAUUUGUACAUGGGCUGAAGAAAAGUUGGAAACAUCAUAUCAAGUUGUUAAAUGGCCUAAGUCACGAAUUGAUAAACUGUAUCAUUCCAAUAUCGCUUUAUGUUCAAAAUUCUCUCCGAAGACGUCAAUUGAAGAAAUAUGGUUAACAUUUCGUCACAGUAUUUGUAGUGAUUUGAUUACUGGGUCGCCUUGUACGCUAUUGCAUAAAUUCUUGAUUUAUACACCAUUCUAUCCUAAAUAUUUUGAUGAUGAGAUUAGUCGUGUCUGGCUACCAGACAUAUUCGGUAUAUGGCAUAUCCAACCAAGUUGUAGAUCCCAUCAUGAAAUUGAAAUUAUUAUUGAAAUAUUAUGCAAAGUUUCACAUAUUGGUCGUGGUCGUAUCGAUUGGGAACCGCAUAUGGAGCGUAUAUUCACUGCAGUGUUUCGAGGCAUUACGCUUAGAAAUACACCAUUGUCUUCUAGAGAAUUAAUGGACAAUAGACCAGAGUGUCAAUCCACUGUGAUUUAUCGUUUAGAACAGUUGUUAAAGUCACUUGAAUCCUUCUAUCAUCCAUCAUCGAAUCAAAUUGAUUCAGCAAAACUGCAGUUGGCAUGGUUUAUAUGGAAGUUUUUACGCUGCUUAAUUAGUCGUUUACGUGAUGAAUUAUUCCCUCCAGUUGAAGCAUUAGACUUAGGCUAUACACCACCAGAAUUCCACCAGAAUCUCUCAGUGGAACAAGUUGAUCAAAUUGUCAAUCUAUUCACACCGAUUUGUCUAAAUCAUUUUCUUUAUUCAAAAUCAAUUACAAUUGUUAAUAUAGCUUUGAAAAUUAUUCCAAUGUUGUGUAAAUUACGACCAAGCCUAGUGUUACCAAAUCUUCUCAACGAUCCUGAAUUUGGUUUAACCAGACCAGAAAUGCCAUUACGUAAUGGCAUAAUGCUUCCAGUGAACAGUCCAUUUGUUCAGCGUCUUCCUAUCACGGCAUGGUUAGCUAACCCCCAUGUAAAGCUUUGUACUGGAGCUGAAGUAGCCUCGGUUGCUCAAAUGCGUUAG